UUCCUCUAACACUGUGUGUGGAUGUCUGUGCCGCCACACCUUGUAGCGUCUUUUGGUACACUGGCGAGACAACAUACUCACUGAGAAAAGCUUUUCUAUAAAGAAAUAUAAGACAGGAUUAUUUAUAUAUUUUCAAGUUUUCACUGGAGUACUUUCAGAGAAUUAAUGGGGACGAUUUCUGAUGACAUCAGAAGGCUUCUCGAAGAUUGUGAGCUAUUUGUCUCAAGUAUUUUACAGGAUGAGAACCUCAGCAAACAUGCUCAAGAAACAAGAGAAAUACUACUAAAUAAUUUUCGAGUUGUCCACAACAGAAAUCCACAGGAAUUUCCAUACAGAUCUGAUGUUAGACAUGAGGACAGUUCAGAUGACAACCACAGUAGUCUGGGACGCUCUGCCCCUUCUGAUGACCUGUCUGUGGCAUCAGACUAUCAGGAGGACACUGCACCUGAAUAUUUUGGAGAUAUUCCCACGGUGGCAGCACAAGAGCUGAGUAAUAUUCUGAAGCAAGGCUAUCUAGAGAAAAAAAGACGUGAUCAUAGCUUCUUCAGCAUGGAGUGGCAGAAAAGGUGGUGUGUCCUGAACAAUACUAUAUUCUACUACUUUGGAAGUGAAAAAGACAAACAGCAGAAAGGAUCUUUUUAUAUCAAUGGCUAUAGUGCAGAGCUGGUAUCCAACUUGCGUAAAGACUCCAAGAAAAGCUGUUGCUUUGAGAUGAAUGCUCCUGGAAGGCGUUCUUACCAGUUCACUGCCAGCAGCCCCCGUGAGGCCAGGGAAUGGGUGGACCAAAUCAAUUUUGUCUUAAAGGACCUGAGUUCCAGCUUUAUUCCCUUUGAUGAUGAUGAGGAAGAGGAAGAGGAGGAAGAAGAGGAGGCAUAUGAUGAUAUAGAAAGGGCAGCAACCCCACCACCACAUCCUGGGCAGGUUUCCGCAGCUGCCCUAGCUCCAGCACCCCCAACUGGUGGCCAGGAGGUGAAGAAGGAGAGGACAGUGACAGCCAGCAGGGAAGGGGAAGAUGAGGAUGAGGACAUUUAUGAAGUAUUGCCAGAGGAUGAGCUCUCUGACCAGUCUGAGGAGACUACUAAGAGGAGCCAAAGAGCAGAUCCAUCAUCAGAUUAUGCCAAUUACUAUCAAGGCCUGUGGGACUGUGAGGCAGACAAGCCAGAUGAGCUCUCGUUUCGUAGAGGAGACCUCAUCUACAUUCUGAGCAAGGAGUACAACAUCUACGGCUGGUGGGUUGGUGAGCUGGCUGGUAAUAUUGGCAUUGUACCUAAAGAGUUCUUGCACCCUGCAUACAUCAUUUAAACUGUUAAAGUGUGUAAAGCCCCAGUUUUUAGGCAUGGACCCUGAGCAUUGUUCAGACUCACCAUCUUGCUGACAUUUAGUACUUAACACUGAUCCAACAAUGUUACUUUACACACUAGAUUAGAAAGAAACAAAAACCUCCAAAUUGUGGCCAUUCUUUUCUAAACUCCCUCACGAAUAAGGGGUCUAGAUCAGCAGAACUGCUGCUCACUGGUUGUUUUUCAUACCAUUAUAAAUACUCAAAUCAGUCCAUUUCCUACUACUAGCCAUGCCACAUUUAAAGUCAGAGAGAUCACAUUUUUUGCAUUCUGACAUAACAUGAACAUUAACUUAAAGCUUGAUCUGUAUCUGCAUGAUGUAAUAGUUUGUAUUGCAACCACUUUAUUAUAUAUAUAAUUAUAAUUGCCUGAGAUAUGCAUGUAUUCCAAAUAAAGUGCCCAGUGAAGACAAAUCAAUCUCUUGGUAGAGAUAUAUUUAUCUAUAUAAAUUUCUAUGUAUAUAAUGCUAUCCAUGAGUCCUCUUUACUGCAUCUUAACUCCAGACCUAACAUUGGUAGUAUACAUGCCAUCUACUGGGCACAAGCUGCCUUGCUGGAGCCUGUUCUCCACAACAGAAUGACUGCAUAUAUUGAAUAU